AUGUCACAGGUGGACCCUCUGAGUUUGACGCUUCUGUUCAAGAAGCACAAAACUACCGUGCUUUUAAUGCUUCCGCCCCACGAGACGAUUGCGACAGCCCAGGAGAUGCUUCUCAAAGCUCUCCAAUCGCGAGGUAUCAAGGAGAUUAACGGGGAUCAAAUACCGGAAGACUUCACAGACAUUGAAUUUGGUGUUACGGUGGACAAGAACGACCUAGAACAAGGAUGGUCGAAACUGGAGAUUGCGAUGCCGGAACUCGAGAACAGCGGAACAUCCAAACGAGGUGCUGGAAAGCGGACCAGUUUGAAAGCAGCAGAUAUACGAAAUGGCCAGGUGAUCGCUUUCAGGUUUCGAAAGCCCCGUGAGCAACCCGAGAGAGAUGGCGACCUCGACAUUGACCUCGAGUUGGAGGAUCCUGGCUGGGACGUCGUUGUUCCAAGCCUUGAUGACGAGGAGGGAGAACCCAAUUAG